CAUCGUGUUGUCCCCAGGUAGCCCACCAUGGUGCCAGGGAAGGGCAUAGUAAAAUCACCCUCAUCUGAAUUGGAGCCGGAAGAACCGCCUGAUCUGGCAGGGAGAAAGUAAGAAUGGAGAAAACAGCCCUGGUUCCCUGGCCUGGCUAAUGGCAUGGGAGAGGAUGCAGACCAUGCACAUCCAGACACGAGUUCUGCUGCAGUUCAGAAAGUUUACCAGAUGCUUGGCACCCACAUGGCCUCAGGAAUCCUCACACUCAGGCCUCUUCAUCUGCCCCUCCCCAGGACUGACCAGCGACUGGCCGAGAGCAACUACUCGGACCCUCCCACCUUCUGCCGAGGUUGGGGGAGGCCAAGCAGUAGAGCGGCGCAGUGGGCGGGACACAGACCCGGCCCACAGCUCCGUGAUGUCAGCGGGUGCUGGCAGGGAGGGGGUCGGCUGUUUUUCUGGAGACUUAGAGCCGAGUAAGACAAAGCACAGCGCGGUCCCUGCAGGCGCCAUGGAACGACUGUCCUGUGUCUUGCUGUGGAAACUGGUGCUUCUUCAGAGCCCCGCUGUCCUUCUGUACUCAGGGCCCUCAGGUACCGCAGCAGCCAGCAGCUCUGUGGUGUCCGAGUCCGUGGUGAGCUGGGCAGCUGGGACCCAGGCGGUGCUGCGCUGCCAGAGCCCGCGUAUGGUGUGGACCCAAGACCGGCUGCACGACCGCCAGCGCGUGGUCCACUGGGACCUCAGCGGCGUCCCGGGCAGCCAAGGGCGCCGACUCGUGGAUAUGUACUCGGCGGGUGAACAGCGUGUGUACGAGCCGCGCGACCACGGCCGCCUCCUGCUGUCGCCUUCUGCCUUCCACGACGGCAACUUCUCACUGCUCAUCCGUGCUGUGGAGGAGGGAGACGAAGGGGUGUAUACCUGCAACUUGCACCACCACUACUGUCACCUCUACGAGAGCCUGGCCGUGCGCCUCGAAGUCACCGACGAUCCCCUGUUAGCUCGCGCGUACUGGGACGGCGAGAAGGAAGUGAUGGUGGUGACCCGCGGCGCGCCGGCACUGCUGACUUGCGUGAACCGUGCGCACUUGUGGACGGACCGCCACUUAGAGGAGGCGCAGCAGGUGGUGCAUUGGGACCGACAGCUGCCUGGGGUGUCGCACGACCGCGCUGACCGCCUGCUUGACCUGUACGCAUCUGGCGAGCGCCGCGCCUACGGACCAUCCUUUCUGCGUGAUCGCGUGGCAGUAAACGCCGACGCUUUUGCACGCGGCGACUUCUCCCUACGCAUAGAUGCGCUCGAGCCGGCUGAUGAGGGCAUCUAUUCUUGCCAUCUGCACCACCACUACUGCGGCCUGCACGAGCGCAGAGUCUUCCACCUACAGGUCACUGAGGCUGCCUUUGAGCCACCUGCUCCUGCCUCUCCCGGUAAUGGGUCUGGCCACAACACUGCUCCUAGCCCAGAUCCCACACUGGUAAGUAGAUCCCGAGGUCACAGCGUCAUCAACGUCAUUGUCCCAGAGAGCCACGCACACUUCUUCCAGCAAUUGGGCUAUGUGUUGGCCACCCUGCUGCUUUUCAUCUUGUUGCUCAUCACUGUAGUCUUGGCGACACGCCAUCGUCACCGCGGAGGAUGCGAGACCUCGGACAAAAAUGCUGGGAAAUCCAAGGGGAAGGAUGUGAACAUGAUGGAGUUUGCUGCGGCCACAAGGGACCAGGCCCCUUAUAGGACUGAGGACAUCCAGCUAGAUUACAAAAACAACAUCCUGAAGGAGAGGGCUGAGCUGGCCCACAGUCCCCUGCCUGCCAAGAAUGUGGAUCUGGAUAAAGAGUUCAGGAAGGAGUACUGCAAAUAAAAGGAUCCUGAGCUUCUGGCUGGGCCAGCAGCUCUAUACCAAAGGAUGUCUCCCUGACCCUCCUGUGGCACUCCCGGCUUCUUCUCAGCGGCUGGUCCCGCUUUCGUAGAAACUUGGCCUGAAUUUGGCCGAGCAGCUGCCUGCACUUUGUUCUUCCAAGAAUCACCCUCACCUUGGUGCACAACUGUGGGUUCCCUGGAGAUGCUGGUAUAGUAUGGUUGCUGAUGACCCUCACCUUGGU